AUUUCCUUAUGCAUGGUUAUUAGGACCUUCAGCCUUCAGGUACUCUUUAUAAGACCGUAAAAACCAUAUAAUUUUCCGACAUCUCUGCCUGUCUCUUCUGGUGGUUUGGUUUCAUCUUUCUGCUUCAAGGCAUCGAGACACGCCAUGUCAACUCCAGCAAGGAAGAGGCUUAUGAGGGAUUUCAAGAGGUUGCAGCAAGAUCCUCCUGCUGGUAUCAGUGGUGCUCCUCAGGACAACAAUAUCUUGCUCUGGAACGCUGUUAUCUUUGGUCCGGAUGAUACGCCUUGGGAUGGAGGUACUUUUAAGCUGACCCUUCAGUUUACAGAGGAUUAUCCGAACAAACCACCAACUGUACGUUUUGUUUCUCGGAUGUUUCACCCUAACAUCUACGCAGAUGGAAGUAUUUGUCUUGACAUCUUGCAGAACCAAUGGAGUCCCAUUUAUGAUGUAGCAGCAAUUCUUACAUCUAUCCAGUCACUCCUCUGUGAUCCCAAUCCAAACUCACCUGCAAACUCAGAGGCCGCUCGCUUGUUCAGCGAGAACAAGCGAGAAUACAACAGACGGGUUAAGGAGAUUGUUGAACAGAGUUGGACCGCUGAUUAAUAAGCAAGAAGGUAACUGAAUUGCGUGCGCUCAAUUUAUAACAUUUGAAGAUGUGGUGGUGAUCAAAUCGGUAAAGAGAACAAUCACAUUUAGUCUUCCCAAUUCAGUAGAGAUGUAAUGUAAUGGCUAGAUGAAUCUAUAUCCAUUUCCGUGAUAAUCUUGCUUUCAAGUUGUGUGUGUAUGUGACUAUUGAAUAAUUUAAAGGCUUGUUGUUUAUCAAGAG